AUGAAAGCUGGCCUCCAGAUCCCUGAGACCCUCCUUGUUCAAGUCAUUAUCAAUGGCUUGCAGCCUCCUUUGAAGGGAUUAGUCAUUCCCCAUGAUCCACAAUCACUAGAGACAUUAUCACUUCAGGUAAGACUGGCUGAAGCUGCUCUUCAAGCCACCCAGGAUGCCACCCCAUCCAUAUCAUCCGGGACAUAUCCUGGGGUUGACAACGAUCAACUGGCCACCAUCGCUGCUCUGUUGACAACACAACAGCAGCAACUUGACAAGUUGACUGCUCAGAUGGCCCACGAUCUCCUGAGGCAGAAUGUCAACACAUAUGUCAACCGUGAUCAGUCCCACCAGCCCGGAGUCAACACACGUCGUUCUGCCCAGCCUCUGCAGCAACAACAACGGCAGCAACAACAACGGCAACAACAACAACAACAACAACAGAGGAACAACAACAGACAAACCUCAGGCACACCUUAA